AUGCGCUACUCAUUCACCAUCACCGCCCUGAGCCUCCUCUCAUCGGCCUUUGCCAUCACCGUCACCACCCCGUCAUCAGACACGGUGUGGGAUUUCUCUACUGCCAAAACUAUCAAAUUCACUAGCGAUUCCAGUGAUCCUUCAGUAAUCAGUAUCAUCCUCCGAAGUCAGGAUGGCUCCUUCCAGACCAAAUUAGCCGAUAACGUCAAGACCUCUGCCGGCGAAUACACGACCCAGCCUAACCCUAGCAUUUCUAACGGAGAUGACUACGAGAUCCAGAUAAUUGAUUCUGCGGGUCAGCUCGCCGUCAGUAACAUUUUUACUGUCAAGAAGGGCGCUUCGGAUGAUGGUACCACGUCCUCGUCUUCUUCCACCUCUUCCUCUUCUUCCACAUCUUCCAUCACCACCACUUCUUCCUCCUCCACUUCUUCCACGACAUCUGACACGACCACCACCUCCUCUUCUACCUCUUCUUCCACGACAACUUCUUUCACCUCUGCCGACGCUUCAUCCACCAGUGCCUCCGCGUCCGCUCUGCAGUCGACUGGCGCUGCGUUGCCUCAGUUUAGUGCCCCCAAGGGAGCGGUGGCUCUACUCGGUGCUGCACUUGCGCUUCUCCAGUUAUAG